AUGGAGAUGUCACCACCACACUCUCAAAAGGCCUUAAAGAAAUUCCUAGGCAAAGAGUCAUACCUCAAGAGGUUCAUUCCAACCCUUGCUGAGAUAACAUUUUCCUUUGGGACACUGGUGAAAGGGAAUCACAAGUUUGAAUGGUUGCAAGAACACCAACAGGCAUUUGAUAUGGUGAAGAAAACACUUGCCUCUUCACUUACAAUGAUGGCCCCACAACCCAAAAAGCCUCUAUUAUUGUACCUGACCUCUACACCUCGGUCUAUUGGAGCUCUACUUGUCCAAGACAUAGAUGGCAUUGAGAAGCCGCCCGCUCUGACUAGAAGAAUAACAAGAUGGAUUUUGGCUCUAGCAGAAUAUGACAUCACUUGUGUUACUCCCAAGGCUAUUAAGAGCCAAGCACUUGCAGACUUAUUGGCCCAAUUCCCAUCUGGUGAACAUGAACUUGCAGAGGUACCUCUACCAGGUGAAAUCCAUGUCUCAACAACUGUAGUUGAGACUUAUUGGGACUUAAAAUUUGAUGGAGCUUCCGAGGUUGGGAAAGGUGGAGCUAGCAUAAUACUAAUCAAUCAAGAAGGAGAGAAGUUUGAUUUUAAAUGUUCAAACAAUGAGGCCAAAUAUGAGGCGUUGAUACUGGGUCUAAUUGCUGCUCAAAAGAAAGGCCUCCGCAAGUUGAAAAUUUGGGACGACUCCAAGUUAGUUGUCAAGCAAACAAUGAGUGAUUUCUCUUUGAAGGAGCCUUUGUUGGCCUUAUGUCGCACCGUAGUUCAAAGGUUGCUUACUCAGUUUGAUGACGUCCAAAUCCAACAUACCCUUCGAACACACAACUGUUUCCCCGAUGUCUUGGCUACACUAGGGGCAAUGGUGGAUAUACCAGAUGAUUGUAUAGCCAUCGUCAUCGAGAAAAGAACAACACCAGCAGUGUUAGCCGAAGAACAUACAGAGCAAGAUGCUGAGGGGUGGAAAGCAGAUAUAAUCCAGCAGUUAAAAAUAGGCCAGGGAACAAUCAGAUUAGCAGAACUUGCAUCAUUUCUACUUCUCAGAAGAGAGUUGUAUUUUUGCGAUCCCAACAACCUGCUGGCAAGGUGUGUUGGCAAACAAGAAGCAGCUUACAGACUUAAGCAAAUCCAUGCUAAGUCCUGUGGAGAUGGAGCUAUCAAUCUAUAUCGACGGAUACAAAAACAAUGGUAUUACUGGCUAGAGAUGGAAAAGGAAAGCAUUGAGUUACAGAAGUAA